CAGCAAAGCAAAGAGUCAUCAUCACGGGCGCAAGAAGGGAAUGAUUUUUUCGUCGCGGAAAAAACGAGCUGUGCAAGAAUUCCCAUCCCAACUUUCUGUGCCGUGUGCCGUGUGCGAAACUCCAACUGUCCUGUGGUGCCCUGCCGCCCGACACCGGAACCGGAAGGACACGCCAUAGCGUUCGGGUGAAGAGGGAAAGAAAAAGAAAGCGCACGAAAGAGGUGCUCCCGUCGCUCUCGAGUUACAUCGGAAGUGGUGGCAAGGCAAAUAAAACGUCCAAUGCCAUUGUGUGGCCACCGUUCGUCGUGCGGUUCGCUUCAUCUGCCAAGUGUGUGCGUCCGUGUUAACUGCUUCCAAUAAUUAUUAAAGGCUCGCUGUGCUGCCGAUCUGUGAAUAUGCAUUGCGUUACUGCUGCACAAUAGAGCGAAGAACCAAUACGGGCCCCAGCGUACAGGUGAAUGUGUGCGGUCGCACACUGACAUUCAUAAACACACACACAUACAUAGCCAGAAGAGAGGAAAAGAAAAAUACACAUCGCUCGCCCCACAAACCACGGUGUUAUGUGAAUAGUUUUCCUAGCCUGGCCUGCUUGCGCUGCUGACGGUGUAUGUGUGCGUGUGCGUGUGCGGUGCGUGUUUGUGCGUACGUAUAUUGCGUGUGCCCCGAUACAGGGUGUAUGUGUGUUUCGGAGCAGCAAAGGCGACACCGAAUUGUGCACUUUUCUAGCACUGAAAAUUGUGUCAGACGGUGUGCGUGAUUGUGUGUGUGUGUGUGUGUGAGAGUGGUGCGUCAGUGGGUGGGGGGAUCGCACAAAAGUGUCAGCGCAAUAAUCAAAGGGAGAGGAGGCGGAGCGGAGCCCCCGGCGUGCAAGGGAACGGGAAAAGGUUGGCAAAAGAGUGGGACAACCCUGCUGCCGCAGCCAACUAUCGAUCACAUUGUCACACGGGUGUCACGGAAAAGCAGAGGCACAAAGCACACAUACACAUACACACACACAGUUUUGUGAAAAGCGAGGUGAGCCUAACGGGGACGGUUGUGCUCGGAGUGUUUGGUCAGAUUUUCCCCCACUCAUUCCCCCACUCCACCCAGCCCCGCUACAAAGGGCGCGCAUCUCCGAACAAGUAGGCCGACCAGACAACGGUGCAGAGAGGGGUGAACGGUGAAAAUCGGUGUUGUUCGCUAGUGUGUGCGCGCGCGAGUGUAGAAUUGCAUUGGCCGUUCUCUUGGCUACGCGCGGCUCCCGGUGUGUGUGUGUGCGUGCGUGCGUGUUGGCCACUGUGUGUCUCUUGCUGGCCUGGCCUGGUUGCCGACUAGUGUGUGUGUGUGUGUGCGCGCGUAGUGUGUGUGCUUAAGGUGCCGGAGGUCUAGGAGUGAAAAAAUAAUGAGUCGCCAUGAAGGGGUCAGCUGUGAUUCGUGCUUGAAAAGUAACUUCCGCGGCAGACGGUACAAGUGUCUGAUCUGCUAUGAUUACGAUCUGUGCGCGACCUGCUAUGAGGAGGGCGCGACCACAACCCGCCACUCGACCGACCACCCGAUGCAGUGCAUACUGACGCAGUCCGACUUCGAGCUGUACUAUGGGGGCGAGGUGCUGCAGGCCGACCAGCCCCAAUCGUUCACCUGCCCGUACUGCAAGCGGAUGGGGCUGAGCGAUUCCGCCCUGCUGGAGCACGUCAGUGCGGAGCACACCGACACCGGGCUGGAGGUGGUGUGCCCGGUCUGUGCCGCGCUGCCCGGCGGCGAGCCCAACUUCGUGACGGACGAUUUCGCGCGCCAUCUCAGCCUGGAGCAUCGGAGCGGAUCCCGGGAUCUCAUCUCGUUUCUGGAUGAGCCAUCAGCGAUCCGCCACGGAGGUGUCAGAAGGAUGCCCCACUCGGGCCGUGCGCUCGGCGGGCCCCGAUCCCGUCGAUCCAACAUGCACUUCAGCUCAUCCGGCGGAGGGCUGUCCACGCUGUCCCCGUCGGGCAGAGAGUCGGUUGACCCGAUCGCGGAACUGCUGCAGCAGCUAUCGAACGUACGUCGCGGUGGUGCGCCGCAACCAUCACAGCUGCAGCAACUGCAAAUGCAGAUUCAGCUCGAGCGACAGCAAGUCACCGCCGCUCGUCAACAGUUGGAACGACUACCGAGACGACAGCAGCAGCCGGCCGUCGUGUCCUCCGCCCCGAACGCAACCGGUGUCAACAACAAUGCAAUCGGCGCGACACAAGCCAAUCCGAACCAUACAAUCAUCACACUGAACGCCGGCGGGCGCGAUGGUCCGAUCGCAGCCUCCUCCUCGUUGCCAAUGGUGUCGACCGGUGUCGGCGGGGUGUGCAAUGUGCCCGGUACGGUUGGCGGUGCAGCCGGCGCUGGUUCCAGCGCGCAGCAGUCGCAGUUUCUGAUGGCCCGCUUCAUGGUGCCCACCAUGGACGAUGCCGAACAGACCCAGCUGGGGCGUGAUAGAGCGGACAGAUCCCAAUUUGUUCAAGCUUUAAUGUUAUCAACCAUCGCAAACGUUCAACCGUUCAACAAAAACGCCGAGGAAGAGCUGUCCGAUGAGUUGAGUUCAAUGAAUUUAGGUGUCGGCGGUGGCACCAACACGUGCAGCAGUACCGUUAACAGUAGUGUAAAGAGGCCGGCAUCGGACGAUGGUGGCGAGACCGCGGUGGGGGAGCUGCUGCUACAGGAUGGUGGUGCUACGGACAGCAGCAACUACGGCAAGGAGGAUGGCAAUUGUGAUAGUUUCAAGCUAGGUGCCGAUUCCGCCAACGGUGGGUCGAACGACGAGUCGCCGAACAUGAUGCAUCCGUCGGCCGCACAGCACGCGCUAGGUCCCCAGCAGCAGCAGCAGCAGCGUGGUGGACAUGCCGGCAAAUCGAAAAGCGGCAGCUCGACCAAGUCGGGCCUGGGUGGUGGUGGCGGUGGUGCCGGUGGUGGUGGUGGCGGCGGUCCAGUUGAACGCAGAGCGUCCCGCCAAACGCCCCCGUCCGGUGGUGGUGGCGCUAACGCGGCCAAAGCCCGCGAACUGAAGCAGGCGAACUCGUCGUCAAACACUUCCACGUCGGUGUCCUCGAGACAGCAGCACCACGUGCCCGACUCCAGGUAGUGUUUGGUCGGCGAACUGGUAUAAGUUAUUUAGCAAAACAGCAGGAGCAGCAUGAAAACAGAAGAAGCGGACAGUGGGAGAGUAAUCCGGUAACCGAUGCCGUUGCCGUCGCCCGUAGCAGUAGUAGCAGUGUAGUCACACAAAAACAAACCCACAUUAUCUAUUUGUCUCUUAAUCCAUGGAAUGGUAAGGUAAAGGCACGGUUAGGCGAAGAAAAAUGCAACUCCCUUCCGCUCCCAUUGAGGUUUUCUGCACGACUGGCAGUGGAAAUAAAUUAUAGAAUGUGUGUGCGUGUGUGUGUGUGAGCUGAAUGAAUGUGUGUGAGAGGCAGUAAUAUCGGCAGUAAGGCUACGCAAUCGGGGAGAAAUAGGGAAGCAUGUGCUUUGUUUUUGCCUCACCUACAUACAGUGGGAGUGUUUUUUGUGUGUGUGAGUGUGUGUGUGUGUGUGUGUGUGUGUAAAACAAGAAGAAGAAGAAGAAGAAAACAAACAGCAAACAAGUAAAAUUAUUAUGUGUGAUCACCAAACCAAGCAAAACAAAACAGAAACGCAGUUAGAGAAUGAAUUCAAGAAUCGGCAGAUAAUGCAAAUUAGCCAGCACUGGGCAACAUUUAAGUGGAAAGAAAAGUAUACACCACCUUCAUCAGCUCUAACGGAGGGUGGUGGUGGGUGGGAAAAUUGGAUGUAGGAAAUUUAUGCCACAAACAAACACAGGUCACAUAAACUACUAAACCCUAGAGCCUAUCUUUGUAAGAAGGAAUGGAAUAAUAAGGUGGCGGCAGCGGGACGUUGGUUUUGAGUGUGAUAACGAAUUUGAGAGUAUUUUUGAAGCACCAAAAAUAUGGUCAGAAGUGAUUUAUCACACCAAAAAUGCUGCAUUUCAAUUAGCCAAAAAGAAAAGGAAAAGAAGAACAAAAUUACAUUUGAUCCAUCCAAUUCUCUCAGUUGUUCAUCGGUGCCCACCUGUGAAGCCACGUUUGUUUCCUUCUUAUACUGUGCAUAGUCUUUUUAAAAGACUCUAUGCUAACGCUUUCGAUUGUAAUAUUGGUUGGUAAUAAUUUAACAUACUUAUUCUUAUACGCGUAUAGUUUAAACUUGUUCACUAUCUGCACAUAUACACACAGUUUACGCAUCGACACAUGGAGUCAGAGCGAAAUGGGGUUUGUUUUCGGCAACUUCAUGCAGCAGCAGCCAGCAGCCUGGUGUGUUCUGUGAACGUGGAACAAAUAAUCUUACUUGAAUUUGUGCCGGUUCGCGGACGGCUAUCGUCGAUGGUACUCGAUGGUGUACUACUACCGUCGAUGGAUCGAAUUUCAACUAACCAAACACACACACACAUACAAUGCAUGUUGUUCUUGCAAAUGCUGAGCAUUAAUCUUGGUCCUUGUUAGUAUACAAAGUCUGACAUUAGAAGAAAGGGAAACACAAGCAAACAAACGAGGGAAUGGUUUUCAACGGCCCAAACCUGAUUGGGAGCGUUUGGGAAUGUAAAAAAAAAAAUGAAUGGGAGGGAAAGAUCGAGCGAAAGAGCGAGCAGAAUACAUUAUUAAUCAUUGCGCAAAAAGAUAUCGUACGAUUCAAACAAGCACCAUGCCAAGCUGAGAUAUCCUAUAAGCUAAGCACUAGUAAUAACCGUGAAUAUAUGGACCUGAAGCCAAGAGGGAGUGAAAGCAGUCGAUAAGAGUGAUGAUUAUGCAAGGGAUGCAAAGUAGAAGAGUUAGAGAGGGAAAGAGAUACGGAAGAGGAAGAGAGAGAGAGAGAGAUAGAGAGGCCAUUCAUAAACGUGUUUGUUGGAUAUUUCUUAAAAAUUCAGUUAGCGUUGCAUUACUCCACACUACCAACUCCCAGGCGGCGGGAGUGCACUACUGAACGCAAGGACGGGCGGCACUUCUUAACGCAAAAGCGAAAAGUGUACAUCUAUACAAGGUAUAACACACAGCAUCCAUAUAUACGUUAUGCUACUUAGUUUAAUUUGGGCCGACUGAUGAUUCGUCCUGCGAAGGUGUUCCGUUCCGCAAAAAAAA